CUCCCCGCGGUCGGUGGGUCCGCCAUGCCAGGCAUGAAGUGCCCAGACCUCGAACUCACUUAACCUCAUCGCCGACACACCAACCUCAGCUUUCGAUUUCCAAUACAUGAAAACAAGAUGGGUCACUUAACACAUGAUGAGUUCUUCACCAAACUCGCCGACGUCUUCACCACGCGCAGAACCAAAGCCCACGGCGCCGUCUUCCUAACCCAAAAACGACUCUCACACAACACCAACCAACAACCCACCCCAUCAGACCCCUCCUCCGCCGACCCGCUCGCGGACCUGCACCCGGCGCAGCCGCUCCCGCUGCUCGUCCGCGCGACCAACGGCAAGGGCAAGGCGGACCGGGCGGCCAAGGUCAAGCUGUCGACGGUGGUGGAGCCGGACGCGCUGGAAGGGUUCUACGCGCGCUACGCCGAGGUGUGCAAGGCCGGCAUGACGGCGCUGAAGCCGCGCGACCGGACCAAGCGCAAGGCCAAGGCCAAGAAGAGGAAGGGCGGGGCCGGGGCCGGGGCCGGGGCGGCGGCGGUUGCUGCUGCUGCUUGAGCGUCGAGGGUUGUUGGGUGGGGGGUGUCAGCAAUGCGGUGACGGGGCUGCGGCGCGCGUGUGACCGGGGAGUGCGAGGAUCUGUUCUGUGCGCCUUUCGUCCUCGUCUAUGGCGUGGGAUCGGACGCGGUGGUGGACUUUCAAGCAGAGUCUCUCGGCGAGUGUUACGUCGGCCGCGGAGGUUGGUCUUUCCAGUUACUGGGGCGUAGCAAGGACUAUCAUGUCUUGGAGGCGAUGUGGGUUCGUCUCAGAGAUCAUAGGUCAUGCAUCGUGGGGGGAAACUGUUUC